CGCUCUCAUCCUCGUGGCGCAAGGUCCGCCAUUUUCACUCCCUCAUUUUAUUUUUCCCCCUUCACUUCCUGCCAUUCAUUCUACAGUCGCUCACUUGAAUCUCCCAAUUGCUCUUUUUUUUUAUUAUAUAUUUUUAUAUGCACCAAGCAGAAGCGUUUUGUUUUACUUUGUUCUAUCUUCUCGCGAAUCCUGAAGAAUGUUACCAGCAAGGGCAGCGUCUCGUUUUGUGCUGACGGCGUCGAGGACCCAUCGCAUCGGCUUCCCCACGGAGUCGAGGGUGAGAUGUGCGGGAUUGGAAAUUCGGAGACCCUUUUCACGCGAGCCUCCCCGGCCAACCGAACAACACACUCGCCAGCCGCCACCGCCGCCGCCUCCACCAGAGCAAGAUGCCAACGCUUCUCUCUUUUCCAAAAUGGUGGAGGCCGCCGCCACUUCGUUCGCCUCCAUACUAGUCUUGGGGGCCGGUUUCGGCUUCGCGGCGUAUGCCUAUCACAAGUCGUACAAGUACAUGGUGCUCCACAAAAUGUCCAACGCCUUCGAACCUGGCGACCCCGUCCUUGAGCUUGCGGCGAUAGGGAAGGACCUCCCGCUAGCACAUACAUCCGCGGCCACCCACUGGGUGGAGAGGCCCGAGCAGCCCAUUGUCGACGCCAUUGUUGCCGGCCGCAGCGGAGGCCACUAUCACCUUUUCAUCGGCGAGAAGGGUACCGGAAAGAGCAGCAUGCUGUUGGAGGCGAUGCGCAAAAUCGACGGCGACGGUGUGGCCAUGUUUGAGGCGCAUGCCGAUCUCGAAAUCUUCAGGAUUCGGCUGGGAAAGGCUUUGGACUAUGAGUUCCACGAGGAUUACAUCGGCGGUUACUUCAGCGAGCGCGGGCCGAGGGAUACCACCGCCCUUCUCGACAUUGAACGCGCCCUGAACAAGCUCGAGAAGGUGGCGCUCCAGAGACGCGCCAGGGUCAAGGCGCCGCUCGUAGUCAUCAUCAACCAAAUGCACCUGAUCCGCGAUGACGACGAUGGGAAGGACCUGAUCGAGCUGCUGCAGCAACGAGCCGAGCAAUGGGCGGCCGCCAACCUCGUAACGAUGGUCUUCAACAGCGACGACUACUGGGUCUACGAGCGGCUGAAGCAGUUGGCGACACGGAUGGAUGUCCUCACAAUCCUGGACCUGCCCAAGUCACAGGCGACGGCCGCUCUCAAAAACUAUCGUGAGCGGUACUUCGGCGAACAUCCAAGUUCCGAAAUUCUCGAACAAGUCUACGACCGUGUCGGUGGCCGGCUGAACUUCCUGAACCGGGUCGCAAAGAGCGACGAUAUGCUCUCGGCCUGUGAUAAGAUUAAAGAGUUGGAAAAGACAUGGUUCUUGAACCAAUGCUGGAUCCUUGGAGAGGAGAUGGACGACGAUGUGAUGGACCAGCAGAAAUGGGCGGCGGCUGCGGUUGUCCUCGCCACCGCCCUCGUGGACAAGGAGGCAGAGAUGGAGACCACGUAUGACCCCGUGGUGGGGCACGUGCUCCCGUCGUACCCCCUUUACAAGGCCCAGGAGAUCAUGACGCGGGUCGACUUUGUGCGCGCGUUCGACCGCCUGAACCUGUUCAGCAUCACCAGCGACGCCCAGGUCCGCGCGAGCUCCGUGCCCAUGCACCUCGCCUUCCAAGAAAUCGUGGCCCAGCCGGGCUUCCGGGAGCACCUCCAGGGUACCAUCGACCGUAUCGCUGCCAUCGAGAGUCUCGGACGUACUAGAGAGUUGGUUGCGAAGGAUCUGGUUCUCGGCGGGAAGUACGAGAUACGGAAGGUGGCUGGCGGCAUUGACGUGACGCUGCAAGAGAAGGAAGAUGGGGACGGGGAUGGCAAGGAUUAAUUGGGCACACUUGGUUGAGGCCAUGUGCUGUCUAUUGGCCAUUGGAUACUGUAAUUCUCGUAAAUAUGUGUACAAUACGAUAUAUGAUAUGUCGAUGACUUUGGUUGGGUACAAGGAAAUCACGGGGCAAAAUUGCAACUACUGGUCGCUAUAGGAACCGCUGAAACUGUUGCACUCAAGGAGAGGGUCUCAAUACCAUUAAAUGUAAUCGUCAAUGUGUCGGGCCAUCUGUCUAGAGGUAAAUACCCGCGGUUAUACACUUGAAG